AUAAAGAUCCUGCAGUCCAAUCCCCUGCCAUGCACAGGGACACCUCCAAUUAGACCCAGUUGUUUGAAAGUCCAAUCCCACCUAGCCCUGAACAGUUCUCUGGAUGGUGGCAUCCAAGCCUUCUCUGAGCAGCCUUUCUCAAUUGAAGUUGUGUUUGUAUCCAAAUUCUGUAACAGCAUCUUGUAACAAUAUCAGUGUCCAUUAAUUAAAAAAAAAACAAAAAACCAGGCCUAAAAUGUAGCUACUAUACUUCAGUCCUGAACCACAAAGCAUUGGGAAUAUAAACAGUGGUAUGCAGGUAAGUUAGUGUGAACGUGGAACUGCUGUUGAAGGUGUUGUGUGUGUGUGUGUCGCUCCACAUGACUGAUUUCUUUUAUGUGUUUGGUGGGACUCAGCUGGAUGAUGAUAGUGUACCAAAUUAAUACUGAGAUGAAGAUCACUGACUCCCUCACUCCUGUGAAAGGGAUACAGUUGGGUAUUUAUGAACUAUAACUUUUUUUUUUUUUUUAGUUGCAGAUUGAAAUAUCAUGGACAGAAAAUAGUUUGGAUGAUGUGUUUUGCCAGCAUAUCCCUGCAAUUUCAGUUUUAACAAUGGAUAAGUGUAAGCACGUAGGACGUCUGCGCCUGGCCCAAGAUCACUCCAUUCUCAAUCCUCAGAAAUGGCAUUGCAUGGACUGCAAUACUACGGAGUCCGUGUGGGCGUGCCUCAGCUGCUCUCAUGUGGCCUGUGGAAGAUACAUUGAAGAACACGCACUAAAGCACUUUCAGGAGAGCAGCCACCCAGUGGCGUUGGAAGUAAACGAGCUGUAUGUUUUCUGUUAUCUCUGCGACGAUUAUGUUCUCAAUGACAACGCAACUGGUGAUUUAAAACUCUUGCGGAGUACCUUAAGUGCAAUCAAGAGUCAAAACUAUGACUGCACUACUCGAAGUGGGAGGACUUUGCGUUCUAUGGGUACAAGUGAUGAUUCCUACCUUGCACACGGUGGUGCCCAAGCCAUGCUUCGGAAUGAAGAUAGGAUGUUCACAGCUCUCUGGCACCGACGGCGUGCGGUCCUUGGCAAAGUGUUCAGAUCGUGGCUUGAGUUGACACCUACUGGAAAAAGGAUUUUGGAAGAAGAAAGACGUCAAGAAGAAGCAGAGCUAAAAAAGGACAAAGCUAGGAAGAGAAGACAAGAACGAAAGCGUGAGCUGAAAGCAGAGAUGGAAAAGAUGCCUCCAAGAAAGAGCAGUCGUUUACAAAAUCAGAUUAGAAUGUACUCAAAACCAGAGCCCCGCCCUCAAAAAACAUCACAGAGCAUGGCAUUUUUGGCAGAGUUGAAAGAAACAUAUACCUCAGAAGAACUGAGAUUGAAAAAAAUAAGUGACUCUCCAAUUAAACGAAGGCCUACGGUGACUCCUGGAGUAACAGGACUGAGAAAUCUGGGAAACACGUGCUAUAUGAAUUCUGUCCUGCAGGUAUUAAGUCACUUACUUAUUUUUCGAGAAUGCUUUUUAAAGCUUGAUCUCAACCAAACUCAGGAACUGCUGGCAACAGCAACCAGUGGUAAAACAAGAUCUUCAUCUAAACACCUGUCAAUAGCUGCCUCAGCAUUACGCGUGAACGAGAACCAAGAGAAAGUAAAGGGAUCAUACUCAAUGAGGCGGCCUAGUUUAUCCUCUGGAUUAAGUGGAGGAGCAUCAAAAAGUAUGGAACUUAUUCAGCCCAGGGAGCCCAGUUCAAAGCAUAUUUCUCUCUGUCAUGAGUUGCAUACUCUGUUCCAGGUUAUGUGGUCUGGCAAGUGGGCACUAGUGUCUCCUUUUGCCAUGCUUCAUUCUGUGUGGAGACUAAUUCCAGCCUUCAGAGGGUAUGCCCAACAAGAUGCUCAGGAAUUUCUCUGUGAACUUUUGGAUAAAGUACAGCAGGAACUGGAGACUACAGGGACCAGAUACCCAGCUCUCAUCCCUGCUUCUCAAAGAAAACUUAUAAAGCAGGUUUUGAAUGUGGUUAACAACAUUUUUCAUGGACAGCUAUUAAGUCAGGUUACAUGUCUCGCCUGUGACAAUAAAUCAAAUACCAUAGAACCUUUCUGGGACCUGUCCCUGGAAUUUCCCGAGAGGUAUCACUGCAAUGGCAAGGAGAUGUCGUCUCAGUAUCCAUGUCUGCUGACAGAAAUGCUGGCCAAGUUUACAGAAACUGAAGCUUUGGAAGGAAAGAUAUAUGCAUGUGAUCAGUGCAACACAAAACGAAGGAAGUUUUCUUCUAAACCAGUUAUACUCACAGAAGCUCAGAAGCAGCUUAUGGUGUGUCGGCUACCUCAGGUUCUCAGAUUACACCUUAAACGGUUUAGGUGGUCAGGACGCAAUCACCGUGAGAAGAUUGGUGUACAUGUUAGUUUUGAUCAAAUGCUAAACAUGGAGCCUUAUUGCUGCAGGGAAUCCCUCAAAUCUCUCCUGCCCGACUGCUUCAUCUAUGACUUGUCUGCUGUGGUAAUGCAUCACGGGAAAGGAUUUGGCUCAGGGCACUACACUGCCUACUGCUACAAUUCCGAAGGAGGAUUUUGGGUACACUGCAAUGAUUCAAAACUCAACAUGUGCACUAUGGAAGAAGUAUGCAAAGCUCAAGCCUACAUUUUGUUUUACAGCCAACGACUUACUCAGGCAAAUGGACAUGGUAGAGUCCCCUGUCCUAGCACAGCUGAAAGUCAGCAGCACACAGAAUUAGCUGGCUGUUCCACGGACAACAGUAGCAGCUAA